CAUUCUUCCUCUCUCUUUCUCUCUCCUUUUAUUCCAUUUUCUAUAGUGAAAAAGAAAAAAAGAAAAACAUUUAACAACUCAAACCCAACACAACAAAGCUUUGUUGUAAAGAAACACUCUUUCUUUCUUAGUAUAUAAAAAAAACCAAACAUAGAAAUUUAACAAGAAAAACCAAUACUCUUUCUCUCUCUCUCUCUCUUUCAUCUUCAAUGGCUAAGUCAAAGAACAAUGCAAAGAAACUCUCAUACAUCUCAGUUCCUUCACAAAUAAUCAAUUCCAUUUCAUCUUCUUCUAUUCAAUCAUUACUUGAUGAUCAAACUCCAAAGAAAUCUUCAACAAAAAUUGCAUCUAACUUCUUCUUCACCACCUUAACAAAAUGGAAAAACCCUUCAAGAUUGUUCUUCUUGUUCACACUCUUUUUUCUUGGUGGUUUUGCUUUGUUUAUGAUUGGUUUCAAUCUUAAAACACCGUUUUCUAAAAGCCCAUGUGCUACAAAUGUUGAAAAGUCCUUAAUCUCAAAUGGGUUUGGUUCAAAAUCUGAACUUAAGGUUGUUUCAAUGAAUAAAAAUGAGAUUUUAAAUGGUGGUGUUUUGGUAAAAUCUGAACUUGGGGUUGUUCAAAACCCUUCAAUCUCAAAUGGGUUUGAUUCAAAAUCUGAACUUGGUGUUGUUUCAGUGAAUAAAGAUGAGGUUUUGAAUGAUGGUAGUUUGUCAAAUUCACUUCCUUUGAUUACUAAUGUGAUGUUGCAAGCAAAGGUUCCUAGUGGAGUUGACUUGGAGGAUGAAGAAAAAGGUGAGGGAGUUGAAAAAGGUGAGUUUUGGAAGCAACCAGAUGGGUUAGGGUAUAAGCCUUGUUUGGAUUUCAGUAAGGAUUAUAGAAGAGAAAGUGAUGGGAUUGUUAAGAAUAGAAAGAGGUAUCUUAUGGUGGUUGUUUCUGGAGGGAUGAAUCAGCAGAGGAAUCAAAUUGUUGAUGCUGUUGUUAUUGCUAGGAUUCUUGGUGCUGCUUUGGUUGUUCCUAUUUUGCAAGUUAAUGUCAUUUGGGGAGAUGAAAGUGAAUUUGCUGAUAUAUUUGAUUUUGAGCACUUCAAGAAUGUUCUUGCCAAUGAUGUGCGGGUGGUUUCGUCAUUGCCAUCAACACACUUGAUGACAAAGCCAGUGGAGGGAAGCCCUCCCCUUCAUGUCACUCCAAGUUGGAUCCGUUCGCGCUAUCUCAAAAGAUUCAACAGAGAAGGUGUUUUGCUUUUACGCAGCUUGGAUUCAAGGUUAUCGAAGGAUCUUCCUUCGGAUCUUCAGAAGCUUCGAUGCAAGGUUGCUUUUAAUGCAUUGAGAUUUGCGAAACCAGUUCAAGAACUUGGAAACAAAAUUGCUGAGCGAAUGCAAAGCAAGGGACCGUACCUUGCUCUUCAUCUAAGAAUGGAAAAGGAUGUGUGGGUGAGGACUGGUUGUCUACCUGGUCUAAGUCCCGAGUUUGACGAGAUUGUAAAGAAUGAGAGGAUACAACGACCGGAGCUCUUGAAAGGAAGAUCAAACAUGACUUACCAUGAAAGGAAGAUGGCUGGUCUUUGUCCCUUGACUGCCAUGGAUGUUACCAGGUUGCUUAAAGCAUUAGGAGCUCAAAAAGAUGCAAGAAUUUAUUGGGCCGGGGGACAACCAUUGGGUGGAAAAGAAGCUUUGCAUCCAUUAAUCCAUGAGUUUCCACAUCUUUAUAAUAAGGAAGAUCUUGCAUUGCCUGGAGAACUAGAACCAUUUGCGAAGAAAGCUUCUCUAAUGGCUGCCAUAGAUUACAUAGUUUCUGAGAAGAGUGAUGUUUUCAUGCCAUCUCAUGGAGGAAAUAUGGGCCAUGCGCUUCAGGGUCACAGGGCCUAUGCAGGACACAAAAAAUACAUAACCCCAAACAAAAGACAAAUGCAUCCCUAUUUUCUGAAUCCUUCCCUCCCUGAAGCAGAGUUUAACAGCAUUGUCAAAGAAUUGCAUCAGAAUUCAUUAGGACAGCCGGAACUCAGGACUAGCAAGGUCGGGAGGGAUGUCACGAAGUAUCCUGUCCCAGAGUGCAUGUGCAACGACUCACAUAAUGAUUCGUAGUCAAAGAUUCAAUGCCAAAGCUUUUGGUAUAAAAAUAUUACACGGAAACGGAUACUCAAGCGUGGAAGCAAGUAGUACUUUUGGCAAACAUGUACAAUUUUGAUCCCUCAAAAACUACUUGGAGGCUACUUUAAGGAAACCAUAGUUCUCAAAAGCAACAUUUUGAAGAGCUUAAAUGUCAGCCAGUCUCCGCAGGUGUACACGCAUUAUUCCUUAAUAUGUACGCAAUUUAGGUUUCAUUUGAUCCAUUAAAGGGAUGAUACAUACACAAUAGAUAAUUCUUUGAUUCUUUCUAGAGCUUGUAUAGGAUAUAUGUUCUUUUGUUUGUUAUGUAAUUCUUUAUAGUAUAUAAAGCCUUGUACAUAUAUCUGAAUAAAUGAUCAGUUUUGAUUAUAUAAAGCCUGCAAAAUUUUCUGAU